ACUGGCCAACGUAGCGUCUAACUCUAACGUCAGACGCUACGUCUGACGUCAGACCGUGCUAAUCGAACGUGAGAACGCUUGUGUUGAUGUCCGCCACCGCAGCCUCUUCUAGUCACUAACACACCGGGAACAAACUUCAAGCCCUAAGAUGUUUUUGUCGUCAGCUGUGCGCUCGGCUGUGUCACAGGCGGCCAGGCAGGUCAGGAGUCUGCAUCGGUCAGCUGCACGGGCUGGAGCUGGGGGCAUCUUUGUGCACAGAGAUACUCCCGACAAUAACGCUGACACUCCAUUUGAGUUCACAGAGGAGAACAAAAAGAGAAUUGAGGCAAUCGUUUCAAUGUACCCUGACGGACACAAGCAAGCAGCCACCAUCCCUGUUUUGGACGUGGCCCAGAGGCAACAUGGAUGGCUCCCCAUCUCAGCCAUGAAUAAGGCACGGUGGUUUCUUAAAAGCCUCUCUCAGACGUGUUCGAAUCCCCCCGGUGCUAUACAGAGCCAGUUUUGCAAGCAGUCGACCUCCACUGCAGUUACACGUGCAUCCGUGGCUGAGGUGCUGGGUGUUGCUCCAAUGAGAGUUUACGAAGUGGCAACUUUCUAUACGAUGUUUCUGCGUCAGCCUGUGGGAAAGUACUUCAUCCAGAUCUGCACGACAACACCGUGCAUGCUCUGCAACUCCGACAGCAUCCUGGAGGCCAUCCAAAACAAACUGGGUAUCAAGGUUGGCGAAACCACUCCAGACAAGAUGUUCACUCUGAUCGAGGUGGAAUGUCUGGGUGCCUGCGUGAAUGCCCCCAUGGUUCAGAUCAAUGACAACUAUUAUGAGGACCUCACACCCAAAGAUAUUGAGGACAUUAUUGAUGAACUGAAGGCGGGCAGAGUCCCCGCACCAGGACCCAGGGGCGGACGUUUUUCCUGUGAGCCUGCAGGGGGAUUAACUUCCCUCACAGAGCCUCCUAAAGGACCAGGAUUUGGUGUAAGAUCGGACCUGUAGACAUCAUAAAGCCAAUUGACUGCGUGCUUUGAAGGGAAGUCGUCCCUGAAUCUGUCAAACCUGAAACAUAUUGUAAAUAAAAUGAUCCUCUACCUGUUGUCGAGCAGUGGUCACUUACAUUGACUCAAAAACAUUAAGUAUUAAUCUGAUACAAUGUAUUUAUUGUAAGGCCUCCAGUUCUGCGUCAGGCUAUUAAAAGUAGAGGUCAAACAUUUAUGCCACCAAUAAACUUAUUCAUGGUUUAAGGUAGACUGUUUUUGGUUGUUAAAUAUCAUCCUGCUUUAUUAUGUCAGAAUCAGAAAUACUUGGUGAUGGUGGAGGUGUGUUGAGGGGGGUACCAUAAACGCUGUGCUUAUUAUUUCAGUUCAUAUUCAUGCUAUAAAUUUCCUAAAAUGCAAAAUUAUUUGCCUUUGUUUUGAGUAAAUAAAUGAAUUCACAUGUAUGAAUUUAAAAAGAAUGUAAUAAAAACCACCUCAAAACUAGAUUUACCUUGUGGUUGAACAGCAAGGUUUCCUUUUUUAAAAUAAGGAAUAUAAUUAUUUGAAGCUUGUAUCUGAUGAAUCACUAUAACAUUACAGUGAAAAAAACCCUGCUUUGUUUAAACGAACAUUCAUCAUGCACUUAUCCAGCCUUUCUGAGCAGAUUUAUUCUGCACUCUGCAAUGGAUUAAGUAUUAAGUACCAUGUAAAUGUCCACAGAUCAGGAUCCCUGCACUGCAGACAUGUGAUUUCACAAUUUGUUUGAUGGCAUCCUGAAAUGACAGGUUACUAACCUCUAUAUGCUCCGCAAGGGCCAUCAGAUUAUUGAUCUAUCAAUGUCAGAUAGACAGAUAAUGAACCAAAUAACACUAGGUAUUCUUUGUAAUUGGUACUAUUAUCAUUCUCAAUAUAAACUCAUAGAACUAGACGAGAUUUAAAUGUCAUCUCUGAUUGGUAUACUCUUACUAGAGUGUGUACAUAAUAACAUGAUACCACAAACCAAAACAUGAUCCUAUAGAGCUAAUCCCUCCAGUUAGUGCUACAACCAUACCCAUAAAGCAGCACAAUCUAAAAUAAAAUAAGCGGCUCCCUUCCAGCAACUGUUUCUGUCAUGUCAUUUCCAUCCCGCCCAGGUGGCGUUUUCGUGUCUAGCCGGUGCCCCUCCCCCACUUUCCUCUCACCACUUUCUUCAACUGCGCUGCAACGUUAUGCACCGACGACGCAUGCGCGUAACAUCCACCAUGAUGCAAAUGUCACUGCGCAACCAAUUCAAAGCUGACUCAUAUACUAAAAAUUGGCGGGCAAAUCGUGCUAAUUAGCGCCAUUGAUAUUUCAAUGACAGUACGUGUGAGUGGCGAGGUCUGUGCUCAAAACACAGACCGGUACUGUCAUUCAUCUGUUAAUCUCAGCUGGGUUCUUCGAGAAAGUUCUCCCUGACCGCAACAGAGCAGCGGAAAAGAUGACGUCAAGUGGCCAUUCCUGUUCUCACUCUCCACUCGUUUCAAUCUAAAUUCACACUCAGAAAGCCACCUGCAGACGUUAAACAUGCCACUAUUUCGCUCAGUGCGUUAGCAAGUCAAAUACUGUAAGCAUUAAAAUGGCGGCUUUACUCACAGGCUCGAAAGAAUAUCAGUUUUUAUCGUUUGACACGUACCCAUCUACAGUCUCUCCAGCAGACGGAGACCUUAUAAGCUCGGUGG